GCUUGUGGCUGGCGGCGGGAAAUUGCGCCGAAUGUGUGAAUGAAGAACUGUAGGAUACUGGACACGGCGUGCCGUGGCAAAGCUUGCCCAGGUCCAUCAUCGCAUCAUUACCCGAGUGCCACGUCGGUCCCUUUGAAGGGGUGCUCAGGGAAUUGCACUCCUCGUGUCCGCGGAGGGGAGAAGCCGAAGAACGCGCAGUGCUACGACCACGAAAGUACACCAACCAAUCAUAUGCAUGGGGGAGGAAAAACAAGAAACGUAGGCUAAACAAACAAUAGAUGGUGACGGCUCACUGGCCAGUUAACGGGAGAGUAGAUGGGGACGGAGAAUGAGGGUGGAUGACUAAGGCAGGUGAGGUGCAGAGGAGUGCGCGGCAAUGGCGUGCCGAGGAAGGAGGAGAGAGAGAAGGAAGAUAGGCCCCUCGACGCGUGAGUGACUUGAGGGGCUGACGACGUCGAUCGCUAUCCGAAUCCCAGGUCCGAGGGAUUCCUGGUGCCAUCGAGAGCGUGAACGAGUGCGGGUGUAUGACACACCGCGUGUGCAACAUUAGGCGUGGGUGGAAGUGUGCAACGUCGAGUGUGUUCCAUUGAGAACGGGAAGUACGUAUUAUGCUAGGCGAGGUUAGUAUCGGGGAAGAGGCGAGAGGCGGGACGAGGAAGGAGAGGAGAAGGGCGUAGAGGAGGGGAGAAUCCACCGUGCGAGAGGUGGAUGUGGGUGUCAGCGGGGGAAGAAGUGGGAGUCAACAAGCAAAGGAGAGAGAGAGAGAGAGAGAGAGAGAGAGAGAGAGAGAGAGAGAGAGCAGGGCGAGAGGAGAUACGAAAAGCCGGACAUCAUCGCUGAUCGUCCAUAUCGUUGCCAUCGCCGACGUAAUCUUUGAUCGUGAACUGGAUCUCGAUUAGGAGAAAGGAGGUAGGAAGACAGUGCGGGAAGAAAGAUGGGGGGCUCAGUGGCUGCGGAGGAUCCGGGGUGCAGGCGGGUUGUCUUCGCCUUUCUCGAGUUCCUUGACACAGUUCAAUUGCCUUCAGGCGCGGAUGAUGAGGGUCUCGAGGUUGUAAAGGAGUGCUUAUCAGAUGUAUUUGGAGUGCGGAUAGACGACGAGAAGCAGCAGCGGGAGCUGUCUAUAAGGCCAAAGUCGCUGCUGGAGCUCGUAUCCAGCGUGUCAGUGACGAGCAAACAUCCUCCUCCGAAGGUGGAGGUGACAGCCACUUGCACAUCAACAAGGUCGAUGCCAGCAUCAAUGUCUCCUCCUCCUUCCGCAGAAGGCAGCGUCUUUCAGCAGUCGUCAGCAGCAUGUGCGGGUGAUUCUUUAAACGAGACUGUCAGGGUGAAUGGCGGGGCUACUCCCUCAGGGACCACUGGGGUUGAAGAGCAUGCCAAGUUCGGUGAAUUCUUAUCAGGGCUUGAAGCAGGUGGCUAUUUCGCAGGGACGGAACCUGGGAGCGAAGAGUAUUUGGGCAGACUCGAGAAAGCAAAGAAGCUACUAGAGGAGAGUAUAAAGGCCGAAGAGGAGACGAAAAGGGUACAGAAGGAAGAUGCAAGAAGACAACCAGAGGACGCCAAAGCGUUGGCAGAGGAAUUGAAAGCCAAAGGGAAUGCUGCUGUCAGUGCUAAACAGUAUCAGCAGGCAGUGGAACUGUAUACAAGAGCUAUUUCCCUGGUUGACACAUCAGCAAUCUACUAUGCAAACAGGGCUGUUGCACACACGCAUCUUCAUGACUACUCUGCGGCAAUACGGGAUUGCAAACGAGCAAUCGAGUUGGAUCCGAAAUACGCAAAGGCAUAUGGGCGACUAGGAACAGCGUACUUUGAGCUUGGGAAGUACAGGGAUGCUGUUGAAUGGUAUCAGAAAGCGUUGGAACUGGAUCCUUUGAACAGUUCGUGCCGGGACAACUUGCAGAUGGCCCAGCAGCAGUUCAUGGCUGAACAGAAUCAAAGUCGGAGUCCGCAUCAGUCCCCGCCACAUCAAGAGCAGCCGAGACAUCCGGGCAGAGGUGGUGCUCCUCAACAGUCUCAAAGGCCUGGCCCCGCACCUGGACCAUCUGCUGCUCCAGGUCCUCAAUAUCCGCCUAAUGCGCCCCCCAACAUGCCCAACGCUUGUCCGGGCGGAAUGCCGGGGAUGGGUGGAAUUCCGGGCAUGCCACAAGGUCUACCUGCAGGAAUCGCCGGUAUGAUCCCAGACCUGCUGAACAUGGCGUCGCAGAUUGGGAUAGAUGUUGUCGACAACCGCUUCGGCAGGAAUCCGGGCGAUGUUACGAGCGAGGAUGCGCAAGACGGCGGUGCCGACACAGCAGGUAAUGAGCAGCGGUUUAACUUGAAUAUCGAUGGCCCUCAGCUUGAGCAGAUGAUGCAGAUGUUCAUGAAUUCAGCUGGUCGCGGUCGAGGUAUGGGAAGAGGAGGGGCGGGGAGAGGAGAGGGUGGGGGUUCCAGUCGGCCAGGCUCUGCGUAGUGGGCCAUGGGGUAGGAUUAGCAGGGGGGAAAACAGCCAAUGCAGUUUGCUUUCUGUGGCUAAGCAAUGAGAUUCAGCAGAGUGGGCCUGAACUGACAAGGAAAGGAGGAGAUCAAGCAGCAGCAGGUAAUUGCGAAGAAGGUGGCGAAAUGACAGCGCUCUGUGGGUGGUGGACAUGAUGCAGCUGAGCGAGGACAAUGAAGAGGUUUGAAGGUGAGAGGUGGAGGUGGCAAGUCGAGGAGAAGGUGAAGAAGUUGAUAAUGCCAAAGGAGGUCAACGACAUUCAUGAAGUGGGCGAAGCGGGUUCUGAUGAAGGGCAGUCAUGUAUACUUCAGGGAUGCAGGAGCUGAUGCGUGCACAUGAGUAACCAGCUCAUACGUUAACCAUGGUUUGAGCGUCUGUCCAGCCUCUGUCCAGCCAGUGUAGCGACAAAUGCAGCAUGGUGAAGGCUUUCAGAGUGCGCACAGGAGGCCAAAGACUAUAAGACCAGUGCAAGCCUUCUCCAUUGGCAGAAGCACUCCAGGCUGUGCAGUAGAGGGCCUAACUGGAGUUGCCAGAAUAAUGACCUACAAGUGGGAGACGAUAGACUCGAAAGAGGAUGGUCACAUUUGACUGGGAGAUGGAUUCAAUGGAGUGAUAAUCACCUACUUGGAGAGAGCGAAAACUAGUCUUGACAAUCGUGUUGAUGCAGGCACCCUUUGAAGUCCUACAUGAGAGUGCAAAUGGUUUCCAGACUUCUGCGAUGGACAACGCUGGAGCACUCUUUGAGGCUGUCUCCGUGUCGGUUAUGAAGCUUUUCGAGAUUUUGUCAGUGCAUGUCCCUUUUCCUUGGGUCAUCUGCCAUCGCUCAGCGCUUUUGUUGCUGCCAAACGGGGGACUUGGAUAAGCAGCUCUCUCCUACCUUUAGUCUUUUCCCCUGAUGACGAUGAUGCUUCCAGGCUUUAUUCUCAUGCGGCGCUCCGCCCGACGCUUCACAUCUUGUUUUUUAACGGCCACAUAUUUUCUGUGGCCUUCAAAAGUUAAAGAAAAGAAUCCUGCACAACAACCGGGCAUGUUAUUCUAUGUAUUCUUUGCCAUGGCACGU